UCUGGCUGACGGCUGACAGAGACACCAGUGGCACAGUGUGUUUUUGUCCCUCACUGCCUGACAACACCUCGUCCUGCCUGGAGCUUCCUCUGCCUGGAUUGCCACCCACUUCAACGCCAUGCUGCUUCGGAAUGUCGCCCUGCUUCUCCUUUGCACGUCUGUUGCCAUGUGUGCCACUUUAGGCCACUACCUGGUUAAGACAAAGGUGGUGGAGGUGGAGAAGACAGUGGAGGAGGACGCCCCUGUUCUAAACUCAGCUGCUGUUAGUGAUGCUGUUGUUGAAGCUGCCUCUGUGGAUGCAGCUGAAGAAGAUGUAGCUGCUGCUGCAGUGGAACCAGAGGAUGAUGCUCCGGCAGCUGAAGAGGCUGAAGAAAUACUCGCAGUGGAUCAACCAGUAGCUGACAACAAUGAAGUGGAUGUCCUCUUAGCAGAUGGUGCCACUGCUGAAGAGCCGGGGGCAGACGGUGACGUGCUAGCCGGAGACAUCCAUGCUGUGGAGGCCCUCACUGAGGAGGUUGUCACCCAGGAACAACCUCACUUGGGGGACGACACUGCUGUGGAGGCCCUCGCUGAGGAGGCUCUCACCCAGGAACAACCUCCCUCGGGAGACGACACUGCUGUGGAGGCCCUCGCUGAGGAGGCUCUCACCCAGGAACAACCUCCCUCGGGAGACGACACUGCUGUGGAGGCCCUCGCUGAGGAGGUUGUCACCCAGGAACAACCUCCCUUGGGAGACGACACUGCUGUGGAGGCCCUCGCUGAGGAGGUUGUCACCCAGGAACAACCUCCUUUGGGAGACGACAUUGCUGUUGAGGCCCUCGCUGAGGAGGCUCUCACCCAGGAACAACCUCCCUCGGGAGACGACACUGCUGUGGAGGCCCUCGCUGAGGAGGCCUUCGCUGAGGAGGCUCUCACCCAGGAACAACCUCCCUCCCGAGACAUCCCUGCUGUUGAGGCCCUCGCUGAGGAGGCUCUCACCCAGGAACAACCUCCCCCGGAGGAGGAGGGGAACGAGAUCACACCGGUCCAGACAAAGCCAUCCCUGGACAGACCCUCAGCUAAUGAAGAUAAAAGCAGUUGGGGCUUCAACUCGCUUAGGAGUAGUUUCCAGACGGUGCACGGAUACUUUGACUCCCUGGUGGAGCUGGUGGGGGGUCGCGAUGGUGUGUGCCAGUACCGCUGCAGACAUGGAGAUACUCCUCAGCCUCGUGCCGGCUACCAGAUCCCGGAGCCCAAUGGCUGCAGCUCGUCUCUGGUGGGAUUCCAGGUGAAUGAUGCUCUCGACCUCGGGGUCCCCGCCAUGACAAAAUGCUGCGACCAGCUCGACAUGUGCUACGACACUUGCGGCACGAGCAAGUCCGACUGUGACGCUUUGUUUCGCUCGUGUCUGCUCGACAUCUGCUCUGACCUCAGGAAGAGCCUGGGCUUUGUGUCGCAGGUACAAGCCUGUGACUCCAUGGCUGACGUCCUCCACAACACAGUGGGGACUCUGGGCUGCAGGCCCUACAUGAACAGCCAGAGGGCAGCGUGCGUCUGCGUGGACGAGGAGCGGGAUGAACUGUGAUACAGAAAACUUUGGACGACCCCUGCAUGGACACUUUCACGAGCAAAUAACCAGACUCAUUAGCAGCAGAUUAUUCUGGGUAUUUAUAGGUUUUCAAAGAGAAGAUAUUUAUCAUGAGUAAGAAUUUUAAAGAAAAAUCACACAUGGAAAAUGCUGAUGAACAGUUUCUUGGGUUUUAUUCAUAGAAAUUAAGUUUCUGGAUGUGACUAUCAGAAACGUAACGAACCACUCAUGCAUAUUACACUCUCGAAAGUUCAUUUUCAUUUCAUUUUUAGGCCAUAUUGUGGUCUGUAUAACUCCAUUACCAUAAAUUACUCCAAACAAAUUUCCUGAUGGGGAGGAUAUUGCAGUUGGAUUAAUUUGGUCUAGACAGAGACACAGGAUCGUUAUUAUGGCACAUGUGGUUCAUUGUGUGUAUUGCUAUUUGACUUUUAUUACACUAGUUUGCUCAAACCUCAAGUCUAAGUCAGAUAAAAUGUGACGCCUAUUACUGUUAUACUGAGUUAAUGUUGGAUGUAAGUUAUUUGUGUGUUAUUUGUUAUUUUGUAUAAAUAAAUACACGACUAAUUGCAGAUUAACUGACGUGAUUAAUUCUAGAUUAACUGUCAGGGUGAUGAAGCAGGGAGAUGCAUAAUUUUCAGGCAAAGUGCUCCGACAUCUCUUUUCCGCCAUGCUGUAAUGGGUGACAUGCUCCCCAGCCAGUGAUUAUACAGA